AUGUCUCGUUUAGAUCGUCGACGGCCUUUAUCGAAGAUUGACGUCAACAGGGAUAGGGAUGGGGACAGCGUCAAUAGACUUGAGUUUAUCUCUGCCCUCUCACCCGCGACCCGCAAGCCCUUCAGACAGCAUACGCCACCUCAUGAUCCCAGCUACACCCUCAGCGAUUUUGAAAUAGGAAGAACCCUCGGAAAGGGCAAAUUUGGCAAAGUUUACUGCGUUCGCGAAAAACGCUCCGGGUACGUGUGUGCUUUGAAAGUGAUGGAAAAACAGGAGUUGUUGGACUAUCACGCAGAAAAGCAGUUUCGGCGCGAGGUGGAGAUCCAGGCGAACGUGAGGCACAACAACUGUAUUUCUUUACUGACAUGGUUUCAUGACGAACGGAGGGUGUAUCUGGUACUCGAAUACGCUGUUCACGGGGAGCUCUACAAGAUCUUGAGACAGAGAAGACGUUUUGACGAUGUGACUUCUUCUCAUUACGUAUACCAGUUGGCAGAUGCGUUGGGAUAUCUCCACUCGAAACACAUUAUCCACCGGGACCUGAAACCCGAAAACAUUUUGCUUGGGUUCAACAACACCGUAAAGAUCUCUGAUUUUGGAUGGAGCGUCCAUGCAUCGCGCAGGAGGACAACCAUGUGUGGUACAUUGGACUAUUUACCACCGGAGAUGGUUGAGGCGAAACCACAUAAUGAGAAGGUGGAUGUAUGGGCGCUUGGUGUUCUGCUUUAUGAAUUUCUAGUGGGACAUCCUCCUUUUGAGGCCGAGGAAGCCAAGGCGACAUAUGCGCGAAUUGGAAAAGUGGAUCUACGGAUUCCAGAUUUUGUUUCCCCGGAGGCGCGGGAUCUGAUCGAGAAACUGCUGUGUUAUUUACCGGAGAACCGGUUUCCGCUGGAGGCGAUCCAGUCUCAUGUGUUUAUCACGAAAAAUCGCCCAUUGUGGCCAGAUAGGUAA